AUGAACUUCACCAUCGUCAACGGCCAAAUCUACACCCCAGGCCUAGCCAUCAUCGAUGCUCCACAGCCCUAUACUCCCCUCGGAGGAGAUACCCUCCAAGUCGCCAUCGACACGUCCGGCGACGGCCAACUCUCCACCACAUCCACCACCACCAAAUUUCACACCCUCACCCUUUUCCUAACCUCCACAACGACCCACAAAAACCUCACCAUCUCCAACGGCACCACUCCCAGCAGCAACAACACCUACGUGGGGCCCGUGCUGGAUCUCGAGCCCUCGUCCACCGUCAAGCACGUGAACUGGAUCUGGCCGGCAUGUUUUGUGGGCAGCGGCGGGGAUAAGGCACCCCGGGGUGACUAUAAUGUCUCCGUGCAUCAGAGUUUCCGGUGGGAGGGGACAGAUUAUUAUACGGUGUUUGAGUUGCCGAUUUCGGUGACGAAUGCGAUUGAUGAGAGUGAGGAGAGAGUGGACUGUGGGGUUUUGGAGAAUGACCUUGGGUGA